UCGAAUGAUAGUAAUAAUCGAAUAUUCGAAUAAUAUACCAUUCGAAUGAUCACAUAUCACAUCACUAAAAGUAUAGCCAACUGUACUUUGUUUAGUUACAAAUUUGGCAGUCCAUUUUUCGUAGUAUUUCAAAAAUUAAGUAUGGCUGAUUCUGUCGAGUUGCGUAUGAGUGUAACGUCCAUAAAAAGAGUAGAUCCAUAUGUAAAAGAUAUUUUAGCAAGUGCUACACACGUCGCUUUAUACAAUUUUAAUACUUCCACCAACGAGUGGGAAAAAACCGAGACAGAAGGUGCUUUAUUCAUAUAUAGCCGAAAUGGGGAACCAUUUCACAGUAUUAUGAUUAUGAAUAGGUUAAAUACUGACAACUUGAUAGAACCCAUUGUCAAAGACUUCGAUUAUCAGAUGCAAAUACCGUUUUUACUCUACAGGAAUUCGAAAAGUAGAAUAUUUGGUAUUUGGUUUUUCAAUAGAGAAGAGUGUAUCCGGAUUACAUUUUUAAUUGAAUCGAUAAUGGAAGGAUUCAAAGAAAAGUCCGACAGGAGGUCGGUUAAAAAAGAAAAUAAUAUUGAUAUAUUUAGCAUGUUAUCGAAAGCCCAGGAAGAUUAUAACAAAACACCAACAAAGCAAGAUGUUAUUCCAACAUUUUCAUCAACUCCUAGAGUUCCAGAUGUUACUUCAAGUGUUAUGGACUUUUUUGCUAAAGCUGGGACAAAAACUGGCCAAACACCAGCUGUGCCUGGAAUUCGUGAAGAGAAUGUAUUGCAAAGGUUGAUGUCUAACCCGGCACAUUCAGUUGAACAUAUAGAAAAACAGCAGAGAUCUAUUACUCCACAGGAUCAGCACUCAAAUGUGCAAACUAAAUUGGUAGCUAGCAGUGAUAGAAGAAGUGUGCCUAUAACUUUUCCAAGUUCUACUAUAGUGGACAAGAAACCAGGUAGAGAGAAUGGAGUAAGGUUAAAUAGUGCUUCUAAACCUCAACCAUUGAUGCAAAAUACUUCACCUCUUGCCUAUUUAUUACAGCAGAACCAACAGCCACAAUCUGAUAAAGAAGGAAACCAAGAUCUUCUUAGCAGUUCUCCUUUUGGACAGUUGAUAGAUUCCAGCAAGCCCCAUUUGAUGACUCCUAUGAUGUUUACUACUCCAAAAUCAUCUGAAACCAUGGAAAAUUCAUCAACUGAAUUUGAUCAAAUUGACUUGCUGACAGAAAAACAAUUAGCCCAAGCUCUUAUAUAUCUCCUUAAAAACAAUUCUGAUUUUACAAAACAAAUUCACGAAGCUUAUGUGAAGUCUAUAAUGGAAAAAGUUAAUCUCAACACUACUAAUAGAUCCUUUAUAUAAAACAUUUUAUUAAUAAUUUGACUAUAAGUUGUAUUUCAUCUUGUAUUGGAUGAUUUUAAAACUGUACUAUAAUUAUACUGACUGAGUUAGCUUUGACAUUAAGUAGUUUUAAAUAAAAAAUUCUUAGUGUAUCUUGCAAACUGUAAUUUUUAAAGUACUUUGAUUCCACAAGGUUGUUAAAUAAUUUUGAAUAAUCUGUAACAUAUUUUAUAGCUAUUGUAUUUAUGUAGUAAAACUUGUUUUGGAAUAAAACCACAGUGAUACCG